AUGCGACAAGCCACCCUAUUCCUAACUGCGAUUUUUGCCGCCUUUUGGAACUAUUCAGCGGCUACCUUUCAAACUGGUAACCUUUCUGCAACGAUGCCGUGUUGUUUGGAGAGCCUCGGAAUCUCGACGUGUGCUAGACUGAAGAAGCGUGGACUAUGGUUUUACCACAAGUGCCAUGAAGAUGCCGAUUUCGCGAUUAUUCAAUGCUGUCAUACCUGCAAAACCAAUGUCCCGGAACUCGGCGCCAAGCUUUUCGCCAAAUCCACGAAAAGUAUCCAGUGCUUUGACAGACAUGGGCCAGUGUUUUGCAACAAAUUCCUCCAACCGGAUGAAAUGACCGGGUUGUCAAAGUGCACUGGAGCCAACGCCUCAUUUGGAUUUCGGCUGUGCCGUCGCUCGUGCGGCUUCUGCGAGCCAGACAUAUACAUCAAGAACCGACAGGAUCAACAGUGUCCGGUUAUUGGA